CCGGGUUUUAUACCUGCCCCGGAUGAUCUCAUGAAUUACCGUCGGUGCACUGUUUGACGUUUUGCGUGAAAACAUCGAUUUGUGCGAUGACGGAUUUACAAUACUUUGGAGGCUUAGAAGGUGGAGCGACACACUCCAAGUUUGUGUUGUACAGGUCUGAUGGCAAAAUUCUUGCUUGGAGCGAGGGGGAGUCCACCAACCAAUGGCUGAUUGGCCAGGAUGAGUGUUGUCGUCGGAUACACGGAAUGUUGAUGGCAGCAAAGAAGACUGCAGGACUGGAGGCAGGGGUCCGACUGAAGGCACUGGGCCUCUCAAUGAGCGGUGCUGAUGAGGUUGAGUCACAGAAGCAGCUGAUAGCCAAGAUCAAGACGGAGUAUAGCAAUGAUUGCGAAGAGGUGUUCGUGGCCAGUGAUUCCUGGGGAGCACUAUUCACUGCCAUUCCAACAGGAGGCAUAGUGCUGAUAGCAGGAACGGGAUCCAACUGUCAGCUGAUCAACCCAGACAAGACGACCCGGCGCUGCGGGGGCUGGGGUCAUCUCUUAGGGGACGAGGGGUCAGCCUACUGGAUCUCCCAGCGGGCCCUCAAGAUACUGUUCGACCAUGAUGACAACUUUAGCCUUUGUGAGACAAAGUCUAAGUUCAAUGUGGAACGUGUACGCACCAUUAUGAAGGAGCAUUUUAAGGUAGCUGAUAGGACCGGCAUGUUGGAGCACAUGUAUGCAAAGUUUGACAAAUCCAAUAUAGCUGGAAUGUGCAAACACCUUGCAAAAGGUGCUGAGGACGGGGAUGAGCUGUGUCAGCAGGUGUUCCAUGAUGCAGGGCUGGUGCUUGGCAGCCAUGUUCUGGCAGUGGAGCCGGCCAUAUCUCAGAGUCUGCUGGAUGGUCCUGGAGGUCUCCACAUUGUUGCUGUUGGAUCGGUGUGGAAAAGUUGGAAGUUUCUGAAACCUGGUUUCCUGUCUGUGUUCAAGGGUAAGCGAGGGGCUCAGAGCCAUAUCAAGGAGUUGACCCUUGUUGGGCUGAAGCAGCCUGCCAGUUUAGGGGCCGCGAGUCUAGGGGCCAGGGCCGUGGGUGUCACACUUCCCCUCGACUACGCUGCCAAUGCUGAGGUAUUCUUCCAUGACAAAGUGUAGAACAGUGGACAUCAGGGUCCAUAUCAACAACAAAAUUCUUAGACUUAAGUCUAAGAAUAAAGAAUAUUCUUUAAAACAACUGGAAUAUUCAAGAAUUGCUUCACCUUUGAGUGAAACUUCAAAUUAACUGCCUCUAUCAACACUUCAUAUGGAAUAUUCUGUUUAGGUCAUUGUAAGCAGUGGUAGCUUGUAUAUAUUCAAACACUGAACAUUUUAUUUUGGUUCUUACUCUAUUAUUUAUGCUGCAUCUAGGAAUGGGUUGGUGAAUACGGGCACAAUUUCUAAAAAUGUCUGUUGUUUUUUAAGAAUAAUUGGCUUAAGUUGAUGGGGGUGUAGACACUAUUACAUGUAUUUAUGUUGUUUAUUUCACGUUUACUAGUAAUUGUCUUUUCAGAAGCUUGUACAACAAUAUGUUUACCAUGAAAUGUUUGCAAAUUUUAUUGCAAUAUGGAAAAAAAGUGUAUUAAGCUAAGUGUUUUAAAACAGAAUUAAGAAUAUUGGUAAAAUCGGGGCCAGCACAUAAGACUGUGAUGUUGCCACAUGAUGUUGUAUGGUGUGAUGGCAACUACAUCACUGCCAUACAAUAGUGAUUGUUAGAGAGUGCCUUGUUAUAAUAAUGAUUUUGAACAACAAAAUGUGUUAUUGCAUUGUUUAAUAUCAUGUAUUUUAAAAAUUGUGCCAUUUGAAUCACAAAUCACAGAUAGAUGUGACACCUCACUUGCAUGCACACACACAGCACCUCAAACACACAUGUGAAGUAGACGGUAGACACGAAAUAUAUAUAUCUAUCCAAAAUUGAAAAUAAGUUGUUUUAGGCUAUUUUCUGUUUGAGUAGUUCUGUAUUACAUCUAAUAGAGCAGGUAUGCUUGUGUAUAUUCAAGAAUUAAUAUUUAGUAAUGAUAAAUUUCGUUCAUUUGCUUGUACUGAGUAACUGGGUUGUGUUUUUGUGUUGAACAUCAUAAGAUAUACCAACACUAUUUUAGAUAAAUCUACUGCUAAGCACAAAGUAUUUGUAGUUAAUUGUUUGGUUUCGUUAAUUGUUUGGUUUCUUAUUGUUUUAUGUUAUUUAUAUGUUUUGUUUGUCUGAAUAUUGCACAUUGUUGAAUAUGAAAUAUGUGAAUACUUUUACUUUGUUUAUGCAUAUUUUGUAACCAGAGCUAUAUUUUGAAAAUAAAAUAUAUAAAAAUCC